CCGAAACUAGAGCAGGUUGCUCAGAACCUCAAUCAACCAACAGUGCUAGCAGGGGUGGGGCAUCUUCCACUUCUCUGGCUAACCUGGGCCAGUAUCUCACCACCUUCAGGGUCAAACAUUUCUUCCUUCUUUGCAGUCUGAAUUUCUCUUUUAGUUUAACCUAUCACCCCUUGUCCUGUCAUAACAGGCCCUUCUCAAGAGUCUGUCCCCUGCUUUCUUCUAAGCCCCAUUAAGUCUUAAAAGGCCACCAGAGGGUCUCCUUGAAGCCCACUCUUCUCCGGGAUGAAAAACCCCAUCUCUGGAACAAAGGACUCAAGCUCUGCAAGCUGAGAGGACCAUCACUUCAGCAAAAUCUGAAGGGAUGCCCAAGCUGAACUACAGAUGCACAAGGACCUCUGCAAAGGACUAACCAGGUAUUGGCUUUGAUAUGGUGCCAUGGACUCCUCUCACUAUGGAUCAGCAAAGUGCUGAGCACCGAGAACUGCAAAAGGAAUCAGUGAGAACAGCGGUGUGUCUGCCACAGAAAUGGGAUGUACCUGUGUCCUGGAGGAGUUUCAGUGAGGAGUGAAAAGAAGCUGAGGAAAAUAGAACUUCUAAUUUCCAGCUUCGUGCAGAGGAGCUGGAGGAUGGCUGAUAGCAGGACAUUGUCCCAGCUGGUACCACAGCCGCGGUGCCACCUGCUGAGGCUCAGCCUAACGGGCGGGUCGGAGCCGGUCCCCUAGCCCCAACCUGGCCGGGACUCCCCAACUUCACCUCGUACUUUCUUCACUCUUAAGACGCUUAAAGUAGCGAAUUAAGUAGCAGGGAGCAGAGUUGCAAAUUGCAAAUUUAAUCAACUCAUGAAUACAGGAAUGCGUGUCCACUUCUUUCCUCUGAUGAUUCUACUCCAGACGGCCUCCAGCACGCCGGCGGGGCUGAGCAGAGCCGGGGCGCGGGCACCCUCAGCGGCCCGGCCGCGGGAGAGCCGCCCGCACUCCCUCCACGGAGCGGGCAGCACGGCAGGCACCGAGAAGGGCUACGCUGUCAGGGCAUAGGAAGAAACUUUCCAAGUAGGGCGGAUCGACGGUCCCCGCGCCGGAGGCCGAGCACUCCCCGCAGCGCUGGGGCAGAACCCCAGGGCGCUGUGCGCAGCUCUCGGCGCCUGGCCCGGCCCGCCCGAGCGCGGAGGGACAAAAUGGCGCCGCGAUUCAAACGCUGCGCGCUGCGUGCCGGCGGGGGGGCGGCGGGGGGGCGGUGUCCCGGCGGGGUUCACUGCGCCUGCGCCCGGAGUUGCAAGAUGGCGGACAGUGCGGAACUAAAGCAAAUGGUUAUGAGCCUUCGAGUUUCUGAACUGCAAGUGCUGCUGGGUUACGCGGGGAGGAACAAGCACGGCCGAAAACACGAACUGCUGACAAAAGCACUGCAUUUGUUAAAGGCUGGCUGCAGCCCUGCUGUCCAAAUGAAAAUCAAAGAACUCUACAGGCGAAGGUUCCCCCAGAAAAUCAUGACACCUGCAGACUUAUCUAUCCCCAGCGUACACUCGAGCUCCAUGCCAGCGACUUUGUCUCCAUCUACCAUUCCACAGCUCAGUUACGAUGGCCACCCAGCCACGUCACCAUUGCUUCCUGUUUCACUUCUGGGACCUAAACAUGAACUGGAACUCCCCCAUCUCACCUCUGCGCUCCACCCUGUCCAUCCUGACAUCAAACUGCAGAAAUUACCUUUUUAUGACUUGUUGGAUGAGCUGAUCAAACCUACCAGCCUAGCAUCAGAUAAUAGUCAGCGAUUUCGAGAAACCUGCUUUGCCUUUGCACUGACGCCACAACAAGUGCAGCAAAUCAGCAGUUCCAUGGAUAUUUCUGGGACCAAAUGUGACUUCACAGUACAGGUCCAGUUAAGGUUUUGUUUAUCAGAAACCAGUUGUCCACAAGAAGAUCACUUCCCACCCAAUCUGUGUGUGAAAGUAAAUGGGAAACCAUGCAGCCUUCCAGGCUAUCUUCCACCAACCAAAAAUGGUGUUGAACCAAAGCGACCUAGCAGACCAAUCAACAUUACCUCACUCGUCCGAUUGUCUACAACGGUACCAAACACAAUCGUUGUCUCGUGGACUGCAGAGAUUGGAAGAAACUAUUCCAUGGCAGUCUAUCUUGUCAAGCAGCUGUCCUCUACGGUGUUGCUGCAGAGGUUGCGAGCGAAAGGAAUACGGAACCCUGAUCACUCUAGAGCUCUAAUUAAAGAGAAACUGACUGCUGAUCCAGACAGUGAAAUAGCAACAACCAGCUUAAGAGUGUCUCUUCUUUGUCCACUUGGCAAAAUGAGGCUAACUAUACCAUGCAGGGCCCUGACUUGUUCACACCUGCAGUGUUUUGAUGCCACUCUAUAUAUUCAAAUGAAUGAGAAGAAACCAACCUGGGUUUGCCCAGUCUGUGAUAAGAAGGCUCCCUAUGAACAUCUCAUUAUUGAUGGGUUGUUCAUGGAAAUCCUGAAGUAUUGUACAGAUUGUGAUGAAAUUCAGUUUAAGGAGGAUGGGUCAUGGGCUCCCAUGAGAUCGAAGAAGGAAGUGCAGGAAGUGACUGCAUCUUACAACGGGGUUGAUGGAUGCAUAAGCUCUUCCUUGGAACAUCAGGUGUCAUCUCACCAACAGUCAAAUAAAAACAAGAAAGUGGAAGUGAUUGAUUUAACCAUUGACAGCUCAUCAGAUGAAGAGGAGGAAGAACCAUCUGCAAAGAGAAGCUGUCCUUCCAUAUCUCCAGCAUCACCAUUAAAUAAUAAAGGCAUUUUAAGUCUACCCCAUCAAGCAUCUCCUGUGUCGAGAACACCCAGCCUUCCUGCUGUUGACACCAGCUACAUCAAUACAUCACUUAUCCAAGACUACAGGCAUCCAUUCCAUAUGACACCUAUGCCUUAUGACUUGCAAGGUUUAGAUUUCUUCCCUUUCCUGUCAGGAGACAAUCAGGGGGAACUUUUUCCAACCAAGAAAUUUCUGGGAAGAGCCUGCGAGAGAAUCAUGGUCAUCCAGUUGCAAGUAGGAGCAGCACGGACACGGCGUCUAUCUUUGGUAUCAUACCAGACAUUAUUUCCUUGGACUGAUUUGGUGAUUUUUUUUGUUGGGUUUUUCCCCCUUUUUUUUUUUUUUCCUUUUUUUUUUUUUUUUUUUUUUCCCCUUGAAGCAAACGAACUCAUCAGGAGGAAAUCUUUGUGCUUGGUUUUACUUUAUGUUAGAAAAGAUAGACAAGCUGAAUUUUUUUCUUUCGUUUGGUUUUAUUUUUUUUGGUUGUUGUUGUUGUUGUCGUCUUGGUUUGUUUUUUUUUUUGUUUUUUUUUUUCCUUUUUUAGGGAAAAAAAAUUAUGUGUACAGAGAACAAAAGUAUAUUUUCAGUUUUACUUUUGUAUAUAAACCUAAGAUGGCCUCACUGGUAAAAAAACAAGAAAAAAAAAGUCACAAAACAAAGAAAAAAAUUAAGAAAAAAAAACAAAACAAGGAGCUUCAGUUUGUUUUUAUGGAUGCUGAAGAUUUUACACCUGUGCAUUUGUCAUGUGAGUUACUUUUGGUUUCCUCUCCCCUCACCCACCCCCCCCCCCCCGCCUCUCCCCACCCCCUCCAGUUUGGACACAAGUGGCAUAUUUUUUUUUUUCCCUUCACAGUAACAUAAACAGGAAAGGAGCUGAACUUUUUAAAGUUCAAACUUAUGAGGGGUUUGUCUCCUCUUGGAGGCAUUUAAAACCUUUAGUGGUGGAAUCUGACUCCCUCAUCCCAUGUUUAGUGCUUAAAAGAGAAUAAACCCCACUCAGAGUGUUCACAGCACCCCCUCUGUUUGCAGGACAGAGCCUUGCAGGAGUGGGUUUGGCUUUUUCAGGGUUUCUUUGGCCAUUUCUGGGUCUCUGUGACCCUCUCUUCAGACAAUGUGGGGUUUUUUCUUUUUUUUUCCCCAUUCCAUGCUUUACUCAAGCAUGUGGCACAAGCUCAUUAGCACACCAAUUAUCCUGAAGGGCCAGACUCAAUCGAAUCUCAGGCUGAGGAAUCACUCAGCUGUGCUUAUGUGGGACAAGACAGAGAAGUUUUCUAGCCCUCAGCCCCAAAGAACAGCAUCGCCACAUUGGAGUGUAGGGCUUUGUUUUGAAGAACUUACUGUAAAAUCCUUUUGAAGUAACUUGAGAUCCUAAUCAGCAGAAGUAUUCAGCAUGUGUCAGCUUUCAACCUGUGGAAGUGCUUGUGCUUUCGAGUUAGCCACGCGUGUAUAAACAGCCUGUUGAAUCCAGGCCUGUCUUCUUCUGUCUGAAGAAAACCUACUUGCAAUAGUAGAUCAAAUACCUGCUUCAGUUUCUGCUUGAAGUUCACCCUUCCAAGUGAACUUGUCAGCAGCUAAACCAAGGGAGAGAAUCCAAACACCAACACGCUCUUGCAUGGUUUGUGCAGCUGAUAACAGCCUUGGUACGUUGUCUUCUGACUUCAGAGUCAUCCGAAUCAAUAGUAGAUGUUCAGUGUGAGUCUCUGAAAACCAAAAACCAACCCCAUCACCGAGCCCCCACCACGUAGCCCCUUGUACUCAACCCUGUUGCUACCUACUCUUAGGGCAGUAGGACUCAACAUUCAGUUUCUUCUUUUUUGGCCUUGGAAUGAGUUUGAUUUCCCUGCUUAAUGUUUUGGAUUCAGUACACUUCUGUUGAACUUUGAGCCAUACUGACUUCCUGGUUUCUUUUUCUCUGUUUAUAUUGAGGUUGUGCAUGACAUAGGAAAAUAUUUUUUGGUUCUUGGUUGUUUUGGGUUUUUUUUUUGAAGAGCUGAUGAGUCAUUUGGGCUGAUCUGUUCUUUUCUUGCAGUGUGUAAAUAGCUGGAAUGCAGUUUUUCAGGAGAUUCUUUAAGAGAAAAAUAAAAGGGGGGGGCGGGGAGGGAAGGAAGUGAUUCUCUUGUGUCCCAAAGUCCAUGUCAGAGAGAGUAAAUAUUUCCUCUGGUGUGAAAAAUAUUUUUGUAACUGGUUGAAAGUGCAGGUAAGAAGUUUAUCAGGAAAGAGAGUUAAGGAAUACUAAAAUUAACAGAUCCUUGUCUGAAUUUUUUUUCACGUCCAAGACCGUCUCGAUUGCAGCUAAGUCGCUUUGAGCAUUGACGAGGGCCACCUUUUGCCUAUGAAGUUGUCUCCAGAUCUUGCUUUGAUUUAUAUUAAAAAAAAAAAAAAAGUGUAAAAAAGGAGGAAAAAAAAAAAAGAGAAAAAAAAAGAGGAAAAAAACCAAACAACAACAAAAAAAAAUUAUAUCAACCUUUAAUCCAAGUAGCAUUAGGUAUUGCUGUAUGAUCAGUUGUAUGGUUCUUUGAGAGGUUCACAUUACGUGGCAUCAAAAAUUGUUUUUUAGUGUUUUUACAGCAUCCCUCUGCCACUAAAUAGUUGACUUGAAUUUUGACAAAACAACUGUUUUUGUGUUUAUAUGUAUAUGUGUGUGUAUAUAUGUAUUUAUAGAUCCGUGUGUGUGAGUUCAAAAAGUGAGUUAAAUAGUUUUGGGGUUUUUGGGUUUGUUUUUUUUUUUGUUUGUUUGUUUUCUGUUUUGGUUUGGGUUUUUUGUUUGUUUGUUUGUUUUCUUUUUUUUUCCCUCUUCCCCUCUCUCUCCUCCUCCCUCACCCCCCCCCCCCAUGCAUGUGUAUUUCAUACAUAUCUGGCUGAUAUAUAUAUAUAUAUAUAUAUUUCACCAUACACCAAUUUUAUAAUUUAUUAAAUGUCAGUUAAAAAAAAAAAAAAAAAAAAGGAAAAAAAAAAGAAAAAAAAAAAAAAAAAAAAGGAUAGAAAAUGGGAAAUACUUAUUUUUUAAACUCAGUCUGAUUUUGGAAGUGAUUAAACCUACACUAGGAAAUAUAUCUCGGACGUUUUUAGUCAUGAAUACUAACCUGGUAACUUCAGAGCAUACCCUUUGCUGUACUACUACUACUACUACUACCCUUUGUCAACCUGGAGUCCAGCUGCCCAUCAGUGUAACUGGACUACCCUUUGUAAAUCUGGAGUCCAGCUGCCCAUCAGUGUAACUGGGAAGCUUCUGAGACACCCCAGAGAAGUCUGGGAGAGCUUGUGGUGGCUGUUUUAUCAACGACUGUGGCAACGUUUUUCCAUUGACUGUGUUGUUCAAGAUGACCUUCGAGAGCCUCAUUUGUGUCACUUCUGACAAUGGUAUUAAAAUCUUGUUGAAUUCACAUAGAAACUGACAUCUGGCCAGUGUCUGGUAACACCCAACCCGGCAACUUCUAUUGCCUCUCCUAGCUUUUGGAAAGUGAAGUCAGCUGAUGACGUCUUCCAUUUUCUCACCAGUUACCCUGAAGGGGAGGAAGGCUGCGCAAUUCACCGCUGUCCUUGGGGGUUUGGGUUUUUUUGUUUAACCUCAUUGCUCUGCAAAGAAGGGACAGAAAUGUUCUGGAGGCCUCCUUUGUGGUGGUGUUUGAUCCCAUAUGCUUUGUGAGUAUUCCUGUUUUCACGCUCGGGUGUUCUUUAGAGCUGACGAUUCUCUGUGCCUCUGACCACAGUAAACAUUGCUUGGUAGAAGUCUCAGUCUGAGUUCUCAACGAGUUCCCUGCAAAUGUCACUCCAAAACUCAAAUCUCCUUUAGUUGGCACGUUCUCAGAGUUGCAGUAGAAGUGGUACUGCUCCAUCUGCUCCUGUAAUCCUUACACUGUGGUCCCUUGUCCUCCGGCUCCUCCACCAGAGGAGCAGAGUGUGCGCACAUGUUGUGUCCAUGCUGCCUGUAGUGCUGUGUGUGUAGCGACACACAGGGGUAGGAGGACAGAGCACUGGAGCAGCAGGGUGGAAGUGGCUUUGCAUCACCCUUAAGGCAUCCUUUAGAAGAUCUAUGAGCUUAUGUAUUUAAAACCUCGUAGCACUUCCCUAACAUAGAUGGAACAGCAGCUCCAGGCCUGCCCCUUCCUCUCAGGGCAAGGAUUCCAAAGGCCUUUCAAGGAGGAGAUGACCAAUAGAUAUUCUUUGGACUCUCUUGGACUUGCCUCCCAAGGCAGAGCUAAGGACUGUGAGGAGAACAUUCUGGAAACAAAUUCUUCAUGGCAGUUGAACAUAUUUUUUUAAGCACAUUUGCAAUAGAAAAGAUUUUGGGUUGUCCCUAGAACUUUUUUUGUUUCUUUUUAUAACUUUGGUUUGGUUUGGUUUGGUUUGUUUUUAACAAAGAGAGCUUAGAUUUCUAACAAGGGAAAAAUUGCUGGUGGUCCCCGAAAAGUGCUGCUGUUAAUUGUUUUAAUUAACAAAGGGAUUAAAAAAAAACAACAAAAAACCCAACAAAAAAAAUCCAAAACAGAAAAAAAAGGACAAAAAAAAAAAGACAAAUGUAUAUAAGCAGAAUAUUAAAAUGACCAUUAAUUCCAUGAACUUUAAAGCUGUCAUUCAUUGCCUUAAAACCUUCUCUUAGUUCCCAUACGGCAUGCCAAAACCAGUAAAUGGCUUUUUAAAGAUGUAUAGCAGACCCAUGUUCAGUUUGUAUAAAAGUACCAAGUGAAAAAUAUUUAUUAUAUGCAUUGGGGGGGGGGGGGGGGGG